AUGCUCCAGCUUUGUAGAUCUAGGUCGGGAAAUCAAGAUGAUGAACGACCUGACCUCCGAGCUGGGCAGAAGGAAACGAAUGGCUUGGGGACAUUUAAGAGCAUCGAGGAUGUAGUGAAGGGGACUAAGAACAUCUGGCUCUGUGCUCAUCUAUUGAGCAACAUCUUUCUGCUUUGGCCUACGCAUCGAAAACGUGGGUUUCGCAAGCAGGAGGAAAAUGCGAUCAGCGUCAUAGAACGCGGAACUGAAAAGGUGAUGCGAGUAGUAACCCGCUUUACCCAAGGGAAAGAAAGGAUUCGAAUUCACUCCUACAUCACUAAUCGAAGAUCAGAGACGCCGCCGCAUAUGCUAAGCAAAGCAAAAUUGGUUGGGCCGGAGACGUGA